CUUCUUAGGCCCUUGCCCACAGGAGUCAAAGGGUGGAGAGAACUGCUGAAGUACUGGGAUUUGGUUUGUUUCUGAGAAAAAAAAAUGUGUGUGUCAGUGAGCCAGCUGUGUUGAUGCAAAACAACAACAACAACAACAACAACAACAACAACAAAAUCCUCUCACCUCAAAGGGGCAUAGUUGGUGUUUCCAAAUGAUACCUGAAGUACCACAACAAUGUUGCCAUCAGUCUUUGCAGAAGACAUUCUUACUGUGUCGACCAUUUUCUAGGACCACAGGAAUGCAAGGCACCAUGUAAAAAGAGAAAAGAUCACCACUGGCCCCUUAUAUGUAUAAAUUGCCUAGACGUGACAAAUUCUGGAAGAGAGUAUUCCAGUGUAUUUCACCAUCAUCCUUUCAUGAUGGAAGCCAUCAGUUUGUCCCACGUUUUAUUUUCUAGGGACCCAAGCUACUUUCAUCAUGAAAAGACAGAGAUGGACAGGAUGGUGUUCGACUGCCUGACAAGUAGUUACCAGGAGUCAGUGACCUUUGAGGAUGUGACUAUAGACUUCACCCAGGAAGAGUGGACUUUAUUGGAUACAAAACAAAGGAACCUUUACAGAGAGGUGAUGCUGGAGAACUAUCAGAACCUGGCCACAUUAGGAUGUCAGCUCAUCAAACCUAGCUCAAACUCUUGUUUGGAGACAGAAGAGUUUAGAGUAGUCGAGAGAGGAGUUCACCAAGAAUGGGCUAUGCGACUUAACACCAGAGGGACAAUGUUUCAGUUAAAAAUGUCAAAUGAGAUACAACUGUCAAAUAGCUAUGAUGGAAAGGAGCUCUGUGACUUUAAGCCACCUGGAGAAAUCAUCAAAGAGCCUUCAUGUAGUCCGACACACAUAGGUAUUGAAAACAGAGGAAACAUUUAUGAUUGUGUUCAGUAUGGACAAGCCUUUCCUGUGCACCCUGAGGAAACCUCUUCUGUAGACAAAGGUCCUGAGUUAAGCCAGUGUGCAAAAGACACAAGUCUGGCUGCAAGUGCUCCUUACCAGACAACAUGCGAACCAGCCAAAACCCUCAAAUCUAGUGAAUUUCAACAAGCCCUUAAGGCAUGUGAAGACAGACUCUUUAAAUGGGUACAGUGUGGUGAUGCUUUUAACCCACCUAUGAGCCAUUCUGGGAAUAGUCAAACAUGCACUGGAAAAAAACCCCAUGAAUGUAAGGAAUGUGGGAAAAGUUUUAAAUAUUCUGCCAACCUUAAUAUUCAUAUGCGUACCCACACCGGUGAAAAACCUUAUGAAUGUAAGGAAUGUGGAAAAGCCUUUUCUAGGUGUUACCCACUAACUCAGCACUUAAAAACUCACACUGAAGAGAAACCCUUUGAAUGUAAGGUUUGUGGAAAAUGCUUUAGAAAUGCCUCAAGCCUUAAUGAUCACUUUCGGGUUCACACUGGAAUAAAGCCCUAUAAAUGUAAGGAUUGUGGCAAAGCCUUCACAGGGCGCUCUGGCCUUAGUAAACAUUUACCAACACACACUGGAGAGAAGCCUUAUGAAUGUAAGGAAUGUGGGAAAGCCUUCACUUCAACCUCAGGCCUUAUUAAACAUAUGAAAAGUCACAUGGGGGAGAGACCCUUUGAGUGUGACCACUGCGGCAAAGCUUUUGCUUCUUCCUCAACCCUUAUUACACAUUUGAGAACACACACUGGAGAGAAGCCCUUUGAGUGUAAAGUUUGUGGGAAAGCAUUUACAUGUUCUUCUUAUCUUCGCAUUCACAUGCGGACUCACACUGGAGAGAAGCCCUAUGUAUGUAAAGAAUGUGGCAGAGCCUUCACUGAGCGCACAAGCCUUACCAAACAUUUACGAACACACACUGGAGAAAAUCCCUUUGAGUGCAAUGUGUGUGGAAAAGCAUUUGCAUGUUCUUCCUACCUUCAUAAUCACAUGCGAACUCAUACUGGAGAGAAACCUUAUAUGUGUAAGGAAUGUGGGAAAGCCUUCGCUGUUUCUUCACAUCUAAGUAAACAUGUAAGAAUCCACACAGGAGAGAAACCCCAUAAGUGUGAGGAAUGUGGGAAAGCAUUCACUGUGCGUUCUGGUCUCACAAAACAUAUACGAACUCACACUGGGGAGAAGCCCUAUAAUUGUAAAGAAUGUGGGAAAGCCUUUACUACAUCUUCAGGCCUCCUUGAACAUAUAAGAAGUCACACAGGAGAGAAACCGUAUGAAUGUGACCAGUGUGGAAAGGCCUUUGCUUCUUCCUCCUAUCUUAUUGCACACCUGAGAAUUCACACUGGAGAGAAGCCCUUUGAGUGUACCGUGUGUGGGAAAGCGUUUACAUGUUCCUCCUACCUUCAUAUUCAUAUGCGAACGCACACUGGAGAGAAGCCCUAUGGAUGUAAGGAGUGUGGGAAAGCUUUUGCUGUUUACUCACAUCUCAGUAAACAUGUAAGAAUUCACAGUGGAGAGAAGGCCUAUAAAUGUAAAAGUUACAGAAUAGCUUUCAGUAGUUCUCAUCUUACAGAACACAUAAAAACCCUUGAGAUAAAUUCUUUGAUAUAAGGAAUGGAGAGACUGCUUUAGAAAGUUCUGUUACUUUAGGAGUGCAUUCAGAUUCACAGUGGAAAGAAAGUUUAUCAGUAUAAGCCAUUUGUAAAGUGAUUAUAUAGUAUUUGACUUCAAAGAUGUGAAACAAUUGAAGUUGCAUAGAUGCCUCAUGAACUGAAAAGAGUGGGAAGUCAUCAGAAUGCUCAAAAUCCAGUUCACAUGAACUCACUUUGAAGCUAUACAAUGUCAGAAACAUGGAAAGCCUUCACUGUUUCGUGGAUUUUUUUUUUUUAUAAGUAUGGGAGAGAAACUCUUGAUACAAUGUAGAAAAUUGUAUUUCUCCUCAAUGCUUUGAUUACCUACAGUACUACAGUGGAGGACUUUGGGAAAGUAAGAAAUGUUAGAGAGUAAUUAUUUACAUUAGUUAUCAACAUUCAGUAAGCAUGAAGUGAUUCACAUUUGGGUAAAUGUGUGUAUAGAAUAUGGAAAUUGUUUCUGUGUCUUAAGACCUUGUAUACUAGCAGAAACUUGGCUUUCUUGAUAGUUUUAUAAAUUUAUUUUGACUAUUUUUUGCAUUUUCAAUACUUGAGAUAUUUUAAUAUUUUCACUUAAUGACUUUCCAGUCUUAAAAUUGAUUCAAGAUGUACGAAAUUCUGUGGAAUAUAUGUAUAUGAAGCACUUAUCAGAAUAAUUAAAAUGUGAUAUAGUAAUUUUGGUAUUAUGAAGCACUUUUUACUGCCUUAGAAAAUUCAUCAACUGCACUCUUAAGUUACCUUUCUUGUAACUGAAAAUAUAUAACCUUUAACAAUAACUCAUAAGCAUUAACUCUUAGCUCUUGAUAACUACAACUACAUUUUUCUUCUGUUUGACUAUAUUCCCCUCUUUUAAAGACAGGGUCUCACUAUGUAGUUCUGACUGUCCUGGAACUCACUAUGUAAACCAGCCUUGCCUUGAACUCACAGAGAUCAUCUGCCUCCCAAGUGCUAGGUUUAAAUGCAUACACCACUUUGCCCAGCUACACUCCAUAUUUGAAUAUGAUAAUGUAUUUUUAGUGUUUGUGUCUGGUUUAUUUUUUAUAACAAAAUGUCUUUAGUUUUAUCCCUGUUGUCUUGCAUGAAAGAAUGUUUUAAAAAGAGGGUAGACAGUCUACUUUUUAUGCACACUCAGAAUUUUUGUAUGUAUGUAUGUAUGUAUAUAUGUGAUGUGUGUUUGCAUGCAUCUCUGUUUAUGAAUGUAGGCUCUAAAUGUGAAUGUAGAGGUCAGGAAAACUUUGGAUUCCAUGCUUGACUUCCACCUUAAGACAGAGUCAGUUUCUCAUCUCCCCAGCCCCUAUGAAAGUUUCUUUACACAAAGGAACAUUUAGGUCAUUUCCAUACUCUAUUGUUGGAAACAAAUUGAACUGCUACAUUGAACAUAGAUGCAAAUAUCUCUGUAAGCAUUCCUUGAGUGUAUGCCCAUAAUUAGUUUGUUGGAUUAUUUAGUUGGCAUAUAUAUAUUUUUAUGAGGAGCUUCAAUACUGUUUUCCAGAUAGCUCUACCAGUUUUUAUUCUAUUAAAAAUGAUAAUAUAUGUAAACAUUUUUAUAUUUCUUAUUAGAUGCAUUUUAUUUCUCUUUCUUACUUAAUUGGCUCAACCUGCAGCAUUGUGAUGGAUAUAAGUUCCAAGCAGGGAUACUAUUCUUGAUUUGAAAGGAAAAGCUCUGGAGUUUUCACUGAGUGUGUUGAUUGCCACUGACUUUUCAUACAUAUAUAGUCACUGAUAAAUUUCUGUAUGUCAUCUGUAUAUUAAAUUUGUUGAGACUAUCAUGAAA